AUGCAGUCCCGAUUAAUGUCCUCCGCCAGUUCUGGCCGGCGCUGGGUUUUGCUGCGCGGCCCUGUCCCCAGCACCCUACAGCGCCGGACCUUUGCUUCCUCUCCGGUGUUCUUCCAGCAAGCUUUCCACUCCCAGCUGGAGGACCCUACGUCUGCCGCUGUCUUUUCUUCUAUGCAGGCCUCCAAGGCUGUGCCUCAGACCCUGACCGAGAAGAUCGUGCAGCAGUACUCUGUCGGUCUCGCCAAAGAAAAGUUUGUUCAGUCCGGCGACUAUGUCACCAUCUCUCCGCACCGCUGCAUGACCCACGACAACUCGUGGCCUGUGGCCUUGAAGUUCAUGUCUAUCGGAGCCUCCAAGCUGCACGACCCCCGGCAGAUCGUGAUGACCCUUGACCACGACGUGCAGAAUAAGACCGACAAGAACCUGCAGAAGUACCAGCAGAUUGAGAACUUUGCCAAGCUUCACCACGUUGAAUUUUACCCCGCCGGCCGAGGUAUUGGACACCAGAUCAUGGUUGAGGAAGGGUUUGCGUGGCCAGGCACCCUGGUGGUUGCCUCGGACAGCCACAGCAACAUGUAUGGUGGCGUGGGCUGCUUGGGUACUCCAAUUGUGCGGACAGAUGGUGCCAGUAUUUGGGCAACGGGCAAAACCUGGUGGCAGAUUCCCCCGGUGGCUAAGGUCACCUUGACGGGUGUUCUGCCCCCUGGUGUUACGGGCAAGGAUGUGAUUGUCGCCCUUUGCGGUUUGUUUGACAAAGAUGACGUCUUGAACCACGCCAUUGAGUUUACUGGCUCCGAGGAGACUAUGCGGAGUUUGCCCGUGGAUGACCGGUUGACAAUUGCCAACAUGACCACGGAAUGGGGUGCCCUGUCAGGACUGUUCCCCAUCGACAACGUGCUGAAGGGCUGGCUCAAGGCCAAGGCGACAACUGCCGCCAUGGGUCUGGCCGAUGGUCCCUACAAGACGCUGGCCCCGCAACGGUUCACCCACCCGAUUCUGGAGCAGCUGUUUGCCAACCCGUUGACCGCGGACAAGGGAGCCAAGUACUCCAAGGAACUGUUCUUGGACCUCUCCUCGCUUUCUCCCUACGUUUCGGGACCGAACUCAGUCAAGGUGGCCACCCCUCUCAAUGAGCUGGAGGCCGCUGAUAUCAAAGUGAACAAGGCUUACCUGGUGUCUUGCACGAAUUCUCGUGCGUCUGAUAUUGCUGCUGCCGCUCGAGUUUUCAAGGAAGCUGCCGAGAAGAACGGCGGUCAAGUUCCUAAGAUUGCCGACGGUGUGAAGUUUUACAUUGCGGCUGCUUCGAUCCCGGAGCAGAUCGCUGCCGAAGGUGCUGGUGACUGGCAGAUCUUGCUCGAUGCGGGCGCCACAACUCUGCCCGCCGGCUGCGGUCCUUGCAUUGGCCUCGGCACCGGUCUGCUUGAGCCCGGCGAGGUCGGCAUCAGCGCAUCCAACCGCAACUUCAAGGGUCGCAUGGGUAGCACCGAUGCCAAGGCGUACCUUGGCAGCCCAGAGGUCGUGGCCGCAAGCGCCCUCAGUGGCAAGCUCAGUGGCCCUGGUUGGUAUCAAACUCCAGAGGGCUGGAAUGGUGUGGUCCGUGGCGAGGGCGACGGAAUCCGAGAGGAGGAUCGUAUGCUCACGGCCGAGCAGGCCCUGGAGAAGGUCAUUGGUCAGCUCGAUGAUCUGGUCGCCGAUGGUGAGAAGAAGUUCACUCCCGAACCGGCUACGGAGGAGGCUCCCUCGGAUGACGCGUUGACGGAGCUGUACCCUGGAUUCCCCGAGCGGGUCUCCGGUGAGAUUGUGUUCUGCGACGGCGACAACAUCAACACCGACGGUAUUUACCCGGGCAAGUACACCUACCAGGACAACGUUCCCGUGCAGACCAUGGCCGAGGUUUGCAUGUCAAACUACGACACGGCCUUUUCCUCGAUCGCCAAGCAAGGUGACAUUCUGGUCACGGGCUUCAACUUUGGAUGCGGAAGUUCGCGCGAACAGGCCGCGACCGCGAUCCUGGCCAAGCAGAUUCCGCUUGUGGUGUCCGGUAGCUUCGGCAACAUCUUCUCUCGAAACAGUAUCAACAAUGCCCUGAUGGGACUGGAGAUCCCGCGCCUGAUCAGCCGCCUGCGUGAGACUUUUGGCAACGCUGAGGAUCAAGCCCUCACCCGUCGUACCGGCUGGACCCUGACUUGGGACGUUCGCCGGAGCCGCAUUGAGGUGCAGGAGGGUGAGAAUGGUCCCAAGUGGACACACAAGGUCGGCGAGUUGCCCCCGAACGUGCAAGAGAUCAUUGCCAAGGGAGGUCUCGAGAAGUGGGUGAAAAAUGCGAUUGGAGCCUAA